GCUGCGGUUGGGCGAGGGAAGGCCUUCCGGCGACUUACUUCCGCCGCUUCUGGCUGAGCGGGGACGACGGUCCGUCCCAGGCGGUGAAGGAUCCCAAGAUGGCUGGGCGCAAACUUGCUAUAAAAGCCAUUGACUGGAUAGCUUUUGGGGAAAUUAUCCCCUCAAACCAAAAGGUUAUUGCUAACUCCUUGAAGUCAUGGAAUGAGAUCCUCAGCUCCAGGUUGGCCGCUCUGCCUGAGAAACCACCAGCUAUCGACUGGGCUUACUACAAGGCCAACGUGGCCAAGGCCGGCUUGGUGGAUGACUUUGAGAAGAAGUUUAAUGCCCUGAAGAUUCCUAUACCCGAAGAUAAAUACACAGCCUUGGUGGAUGCUGAAGAAAAGGAAGAUGUGAAACACUGUGCUGAGUUUGUGUCUCAGUCAAGGGUCAGGAUCCAGGAGUAUGAGAAACAGCUGGAAAAAUUGAGAAACAUGAUUCCUUUUGAGCAGAUGACCAUAGAGGACUUGAAUGAAGUCUUCCCAGAAACCAAAUUGGACACGAAGAAGUACCCCUACUGGCCCCACCAGCCAAUCGAGAAUUUAUAAAAUCAAGUCUGGGAGGAAGCUCUGAGGGUCCUCACAUGGCAAACUCUGGAUGUUGAAAAAUAAACAUAAUUACAUAGUCUUCA